AUGACCGCGCAGACCAGGGUGGCCAAAAGAUUUAUGAGAGAGUUGCCGUACGAAGUAAGUGCAGUAAGCCCUAUUACAUAGUCUUUAGCUGAUUGAUAACGUCAUUCAACGAUUGCCUGUUCUCGAUGUUUUAUUUGUGUACAGCUGCACGUUGGAUUGUCGAGUGUUGGAUUCGUACGAGGAAACUUUUGCUCGGAUUUGUGUGGAAAACUACAACCCAUUGAGAGAAUCGAGGCCAUCUCUGUCGUUUUUGUGGUAAGCUUCUGAAUGGUUGUUUCUAAAACUUUUUGUUAGACUCGAAAAAAAUUUGAAUAAAGGAAUGACUUUUUUUGGCGCAUAGAAAAUUCUAAAAUUUGGAGGUAGUGGAGAUAAGUAGAUAAUGAAUUAAGUUGGCUCAUUUCUAGGCAUCUGCUGACAGUCAGCCUCCAUCAUAGAGACAUCUCUGACAAUAAAGACCUACACAAUGAGCUGAUGAACCUGCGGUCGGUCAGCGAUCUGCCUUCCUAUCAGAAAUUGAAAGUGCGGAUGAAAGUGAACUUGCCAGGCGUCACUCACCAUGUUCCGAUAAAGGUGGACAGUGUAAUUGCAAGCAGUGAGAGGGAGACAGAAGUGGAAUUGUCAUAUGGAGCUCAAAAGUUUGAGUAUGGAAGACUAAGAACUGUUUAUGUAAGGAUUUCCUGAGAACGGGGCAGAGCUUGUUGGCCUUGCGAUUAUUUGUUGAAAGCAACUUUUGCGGCAUAUAAGAUCUAAUCAGAAGAUUUCUAGUUCGAAAAGUACUCGGUAGCUUGUUUCGAUGGACCGUUCUUAUACAUGUACGGAUUGGACGUGAUUGUUCGCAUUAAUUUAUUAGAAGACGACCGUCCCAGAUGCAUGGGGUUCGUGCCACGUCGCAGUCGUAAAGUCAGAAUGGCCGUUAGCCGUUCUAAUGCCUUCGUAUUCAGUGAGAAUCGUCGAGGAAACUGUUAUCUUCAUUAUCUAAGCAUGGAAACAAAGGAAACUUGUGGAACCAAAGCCCCGGCUUUCGAUGUGAGUUCUGCCGUGGAUGCUAAUUUUAAUUGCAGGUCUCUACUCUGAGCAUGACCGCAAUAGAUAAAGACUUGUUUAUCCUCAGCAACGAUAUGGUAAUACGGUAUUCUGUGGAGGGAGGAAGGCUGGUUACCGAUGACUUGAAAUGGCUGGGACUUAAGUCAUAUCCAACAAUGGUGGAUAAACAUGGGUAUCUCUGGUUCCAUCAAGAGGUGAGUAAAGUUUUUUUUCGCAUAAACGAUAAUCAAGAACAGGCACUCGCGUCGCCAAAGCUUUUUUAGUUUAUUUUACCAUAAUUUACUUUACAAAGAAAUUAAAUCACAUCUUUCAGGACGGCGCUAAUUUUCGUUACACCUCAAUUGUGAAUGGGCGCUCAUUUGAUGUAGAAUGUGAUGAGCCUCGCCAACGUCCGAUCGUAUUAUCCAAGAAUUUCUUUCGAAUUGGCUCAACGAGUUUCUAUGUUGACGAAAAUGGAGUAGUAAACAUCAAGAAAUGGAUGCUUGGGAAAACCAGAGUCUUUGAUCUCCUUAGUUCUUACCCAUGA